UUGACUUCCAUGGGCACUAGCUACUCGAUCUGUUGACUUCCAUGGGCACCAAAUAUUCACCACUGAGCUUCCCUGUCUUCUCAUCCCUGUUCCUGAUUCUUCUAGCGACAACAUCAUCCAUUACCCAAGCCAUCAAGACCGUUCAUGGCUUCUCAUCAAUCGAAGAAGCCACAGUGAAUGAUAUCCAGCUAGCUUUCAUGCAAAACCAACUCACCUCCAGGAAGCUCGUUGAGUUUUACCUUAAACAAAUAUGCAGACUCAACCCAGUUCUUAAGGGUGUCCUAGAAGUGAACCCAGAUGCACUGUACCAAGCUGAUAAGGCUGACCAUGAGCGCAAGUUUAAAGCAUCUGGGUCACUCUCUCCAUUGCAUGGCAUUCCCAUUUUGCUCAAAGAUAACAUUGCAACCGAGGAUAAGCUGAACACCACGGCUGGCUCAUAUGCAUUACUUGGCUCAGUUGUGCCACGCGAUGCUGGUGUGGUAACCAAGUUGAGAAAAGCUGGGGCUAUCAUAUUGGGGAAGGCCACUUUGAGCGAGUGGUGACAUUUUAGGACCUUUGAAUCACCCAAUGGCUGGGGCGCCAGAGGUGGCCAAGGCAAGGUGAGUGUCAUUGUAUUAGAAUAUUAGUUAAACGAUUAAAUUUAUCAUUUUCUAAUAGUUUAUACUUUUCGGACAAAUUCAUAUUUUCUCAUCAUAUCAGAGGAGGAGAUCUUGAGUUCAAUGUCACGUAUUGGGUCACUUAGCUUGGGUCAAGUAAAUGAAUGAAAUUUAUGUUGGAAGAGAAAUUGAGCA